AACUUUGCAGACAUGUCCUCGUUCAGAAAAGCGCUGAAAUCCCGACAAAGAAACCACCAGGAAAGAUCCCAGCCUGAAGCUAGGAAGCACUUGGGCUUACUGGAGAAGAAGAAAGACUACAAACAACGUGCAAAUGACUAUCACAAGAAACAAAAUACACUCCUCGCACUCCGUAAGAAGGCACUGGAGAAAAACCCUGAUGAGUUCUACUUCAACAUGAUUAAUUCACAGCUCAAGGAUGGAGUACACAUGUCAAAAAAGCAAGAAGAGGACCAGGAAGUGACGGAAGAGCAGAAGAAAGUGAUGACCACACAAGACAUCAAAUAUGUCGAGAUGAAGAGGGUGGCGGAAGCAAGGAAAAUUGAAAAACUCAAAGGAAGUCUACAUCUUCUGGAUGUGGACGGUAAACAGAAAAACACGCACACCUUUUUUGUGGAUUCCAAAAAAGAAGUACAGUCAUUUGACUUAGCCGGCCAUCUGAACACUGUCCCCGAGCUGGUGGAUCGUGUUUACAACAGACCCACGAUGGCCACACUAAGAGAUAAACGCAUUCUAGGAGCCGUGGAGCCUCACAGUCAAGAGAAGCUGUCCAAGCAACGCAAACACGAGUAUAAAAUUCUCUCCCAAAGGAUCGAUCGGGAGAAGAAAUUGUUUGUCAUUAGCCAGAAGCUCCAGACACGUAAGGACCUUCAGGAUAAACGUCAGAAGAUCAAAGUUAAGAAGGAGACACCAAAUGCUGCGGCUAUCUACAAAUUUGAAAUGAAGAGGAAACGUUGA